CAAUAUCUGUUUUAUCGACACUUGAGUAAAAGAGGUUAGGUUGUGCUUCCGGCUAUCUCCUCGAUUAUUUAACAUUUAAUUCAUUUAAUAUAAGAGAAAAAACAAAUAAAAAUGUCAUUAUUACCGAAAAUAAGGACAAUUUUCAAUAGUAUAUUAUGCAGUUCAGCAAAUAUUCCCCUUGGCUUGCGAGCAACUUGCGGAUCAGUUCGUGGUUUUUCGAAAGAGAUUGAUGUCACAAAUCCCCAUGUAGAUGAUUUUCCUAUUGAACUCGAUGAGAAUCCAUAUCAAAAAGAUAAAAUACAGUGUAUUUUAUGUAAACAUAGCAUAGAACCAGAUUACAAAAAUGUUCGAUUACUAUCUCAAUUUCAAAGUCGAUACACUGGUAGAAUUUAUGGGAGACACAUAACUGGUUUAUGCGCAAAAAGGCAAAAACAAGUGGAAAAUGAAAUUGCAAAGGCUCAAUCUAUGGGUCUAAUGCCAUACACGAUGAAAUUAAUAGAUUACGUUAACGAUCCGCAAUUAUUUGAUCCCGAUCAUCCCACAAGACCUCACAGUCAUUAAAUUUAUCAUAUAGAAAUAAUUUGAUUUGUUUGUAAAGAAUAAAAAAUUUGCUAUUACAAAA